AUGAAUAUAACAUAUAAGCAUGUAAGUAAUAAGCAGCAAUAUUUCUCCUCCUCUCCACUGUCUUUCAGCAAACAUCUGAGCAAAGAUGAAAACAUGGACAUCUUUGGGAAAUGCAACCACACCCACGGACACAACUAUCAAGUGACGGUCACUAUACGUGGAAAGAUUGACCCCAUCAGUGGCAUGCUGAUGAACAUUUGCAAGCUGCAUGAAUACAUGGAGAUGGCCAUCAUCGAGCCUCUUGACCACAAGGACCUGGACAACGACGUGGAUUAUUUUGCCAAUGUUACAAGCUCGACAGAGAAUCUGGCCCUGUACAUCUGGAACAGCCUGGAAAAAAUCCUUCCCUCGGGGUGCCUCUACAAAGUGAAGAUCUAUGAAUCGGACAAAAACUUUGUUGUUUUUAAGGGCAACUAACCCCCCCGCUCCCUUUCGCGAAUGAAAGACGGGGAGCACAGGUGAGAAUAUACAGGACUAUUUAUAAGCAUUCUUUGGGAGUUCUUGAUGCUGUCUGGUUUGUGUUCUUGCAGAUGUUUAAUUACCUGACUAGGUAGCAUCAUCAGUGCAAGGGAGUGUGGGGUUUGCUCUGUUUAUAUGCAGUAACUUACCCUGCCAGUUUUGGUAGGUGUUCGCUUUUCUCCUCGGUAGUUCUUUGCAUAUGGUAUAUUUCCAUUUGUCUGGAGUUAAUUCCCGCUUAUCUAGCCGUUGGUUGCCGGAGAGGAUGUGAUCUUGUCUGUUUCUUUCUCAGCUUUUUCACUGUCUCUUUUGAAUGGGGUGUAAAUGUGCUUUAUCUCUAUGUGUCUAUUAUAAUCACUGAUGACAUCUUUUCUGUCUGACAGUCUGGCAGCCCCAAGACGACCCCGUCAAGUUCAACCUAACCGCUUCAAGGAACUUCAAUAGUCACUUUUGCUAAGGCGCAUCUGUACAUGUAUGUUUCAUGCUCGAUGGCUAGGUGCAGAGCAUUGGGGCCUAGAAGGCUGCAAAGCAUGGGGCGAGGUCAGGAGAAACAUCCCUCAUCUUUGUAAGGUUCUGCCACGAAUCCUCCUUAAGACACCCGUCCCGUACAUUUAAUUGGAGAAUCUUACGACGUCAGGAUUAUUAGCAUGAUAAGCUUGAUGGGCCAGAGUUUUUUGCUGAGGGGGCAAUCGGAUAAACAAAACUGAACACAAAUCGUGUUAAGGGCAAUGGAACUUAUGAAUUCCAAAGGAGCUGGGCAGUCAAUCGAUCAGUCAAUCAGAAUAGAGCUGGAAGGGGCCUUGGAGGACUUCUAGUCCAACCCCUUA